GGCCGUCGCGAGACCGAGCAGCCAGUAGCCGCAGGAGUAGGUGCUCCGUGCCCCGCCCUCCAACACGCAAAAGGGGGCGCCACCUCCCCUCCUCGCACGGCACGCGAGGUGCUCGACUGCUAGUCGCACAGCAGGAGGAGGAGGUGGGAGCCGGCGGGCCACCCAUGUCGAGCGGCGCGGACGGAUCGGCGCCCGGCGCGGCCCUAGACCCAGGGCCGGGCCCCGAGCCGGACCGUGAGCCGCAGCCGCCCUUGCCGCAAGCUCCAGCUGCGACGCUGGUGCCGGCGCCGCAGCAGGAGAUGGUGGCGUUGCAGACGGAGGCGCCGGCGGUCACCAUCGUGAUGUCGCGGCCAGGGGAGGAGGUUCAGGCGCCGGCGCCGCAGCAGGAGGUGGUAGCGUUGCAGACGGAGGCUCCGGCGCCGGCGGUCACCAUCGUGAUCUCGCGCCCAGGGGAGGAGGUUCAGGUGCCCGAUGCAAAGGGCGUCUCCCCGGCGUCCUCCCCGCAGGCAGAUGGCGUAAAGGCCAUGGCCGCCUCAGUGUCGGUGACUGCUGCGGCGGCCGCGAAGGAGGCCGAGCUGGCGAGGUCCGACAGCUUCGACGACUACGAGCAAUGCAGAGUCUGUCAGCAGAAGACAGAAGAACCUCUGGUAGAUCUUGGAUGCAGAUGUCGUGGUGAUCUUGCUAAAGCACACCGCACAUGCAUUGAUGUUUGGUUUCGCACGAGAGGUUCAAACAAGUGUGAGAUAUGCCAACAGGUGGCUGUCAAUAUCCCCCCUCCAGAGACACAAGCAAGUCAGACAAGUUAUUGGGUUUGGAGGGUUGAUUCGACUUAUGGAAGGGGACGAGGAGGACGUGAAAGGGGAUGGUUUAGCCCACUUUGGGUUGCAUUUGCAAUUCUGAUUGGCGGUCUCUUAUUGGACGUGCUAAUAUCUGUUUCCCUGGGCGUCUCCGCACUUCCUGUCAACAUAAUAAUUGGCGUUCUUAUUGUUCUCGGCUUGGGCACCGCCCUUCGCCUAGCUCUGGAGUGCUGCCAGGAAUGGGGCUCCAGGAGGAACGUGAGUAACAUGCCAAGGCUGGAGAACAUACCGCCGACCGGGUACCAUCCUGCAGUAGUAUGAUUAUGGGGUCUGUAAAUAGCGUAGGAACAUCUAAGCUCGUGCUGGCUUUUGGAUUAUUCUCGUGAUUAGCUUUAGCUCACACGUCUCGUUAAAAAUCAGAGCUCAGAUUCAAAGCGUGUUGAUCACGAUCGGGAUGCUCCAAUGUAAAUACCCAGUUCCUGAUGCUCAAUGGUCACGGGCAAGUAUUGAUGCCAAAUUGUCAGCCACAGUAUGGAUGCUGCCUGGUUAAUCAUGCAGCACAGCCUCAUGGUUUGUUCUGAUGACCGCAAUGGUUGUGAAGGCUAGCUGUGGAUGUAGGCUUUGCAGUGGUAUGCAUGCCUGUUUAACUCUUCUAAUAUCGUUUGAGCACUAAGUUGGGUUGGAUGUAGCCCCUAUUAGCUGCUGAUAGCGAUGGUAAUUUCACAUGCCAAGAAAUUUUUUACA